AUGAACCACGUCUGGUCGUCUUUUGUCAAAAAAAAGGAAAGAAAAAAGUUGAUGCUGAAGGCCCUUUUCAGAUAUAACCCGAUCUUUAUCUUACCCGUUGUUAAAGACAGAGUUUCUUCACCAGGUCAAGAAUUUCUGGUGUGUGGGUUUGAAAGGAAAAGUAUUUUAGAAAUGGUAUUUCGCACUGGUCAUCCACCUAGCCAUAACACUACAACAUCAAUCAAAAGUUUAGCCGAAUGCUUGAAAGAAUCGAAACGUCUCAGGAGACCUUUGGUUGUCUUUCCGGAGGGAACUACAUCUAAUAAUCGUGCUCUAUUAAGAUGUCCCAAGUUGAAUGAAAGAAGUGUGGGUGAACAUAAUGGAAAAGUUAGGAUGUUUUGCUUGGCAAUCAAACAUGAAACAUCGACACCAUUCAAGAAUUCAAUAACAGUGCCGAUUCCAAGCUCCCCGCUGAACCUCAUGAACAUAGUCCAAGCAAAUCUGAUCCCAAUCUUACUGCCUUUUAUCAUGUCGCCUCGAUCGAUCCUGGUUCGAUUCCCUCGGACGGACUUCAUCGAGCUGGAUUCUUCUCCUCAAAUGAUCAACUCUUUCGAGCUCGCCUUCGACCUGAUCAGUCAGGUUGCUAAACUCAAACUAACCUCUCAAAUCUCUUGUGCAGAUAAAAGCGGGUUCCUAAUCUACUUGAAAUCUAGAAAGUCUUGA